AUAGGGGAUACGAUGAAAGAUAAAAGAGUAUAUGUAUAUCCGUAAUAUCCUUCCCUCUGUUUGAUAAACCCAAAAUACCAACCAAAACCCUAAAAAUUAAGCAAGCAAUCCAAAUUGCAAUUGGAGCUCUGCGAUUGAGAUUGAGGGCACUGUCCCAAGUCUAUAUAUGUGUUGAAGAGUCAGUCGUAUUCUAUAUAUUGCCAACAGCCGUUCUUCCAAUGCUCAGGCUUCUUAUUGGAGGUAGAUCGCUGCCAAACUGCAAAAGUAACUACUUUCCUAAACUUAUUCGCUCUAGUCGGUGCCUUCACACAUCGUUUUCCCCUGUUCCAAACUAUCAACAAACUUCAUCAAACGAAAGUGGGAGCAAUGUUCGGGAUAUUGAUAUUGACCUUUUAUUUCACUCGAGCACAAAUAUCCACAUCGCCAAACGCGUUCACGCAUUACUUAUUGUAUUGGGGAAGGUCCAAAGUUUAUUCAUUUCCACCCGACUUCUCAAUCUUUAUUCCAAUCUCGGUACCAUCUCUUUAUGUCAACAAACUUUUGAUCAAAUCCCAACAAAAGAUGUUUACACAUGGAACUCUAUUAUAUCCGCAUACGUCCGCAACGGCAUUCCUAGUGAUGCCGUAAAUUGUUUAUACAAAAUGUUGACCUCCGAAAUAAAGCCUGAUUUUUAUACUUUCCCACCUGUUUUAAAAGCGUGUCGGGAUUUAAACAAUGGGAGUAGAAUACACGCUUUGAUUUUAAAAACGGGUUUGGAAUGGGAUGUCUUUGUGGCUGCUUCGUUAGUGCAUAUGUACUGUCGGUUUGGUUUGUUCGAUGCCGCUUACCAAAUUUUCGAAAACAUGCCGUUUCGAGACAUGGGUUGCUGGAACGCGAUAAUCUCGGGGUUUUGUCAGAACGGAAAAGGCGAAAAGGCGUUGGAGGUAUUGGAUGAGAUGAGACUCGAAGGGAUUAGAAUGGAUUCUGUAACGGUAUCUACUAUUCUUCCGGUUUGUGCGCAAAUGGAUGAUAUGGUGCAAGGGAGAUUGACGCAUUUGUACAUUGUGAAACAUGGGUUGGAGUCCGAUUUGUUUGUCGGCAACGCGUUUAUUAACUUUUAUGCGAAGUUUGGUGAAGUGGAGCAUGCGCAGAAGUUUUUUGAUAAUUUGGUUACGAGAGAUUUGGUAUCGUGGAAUUCGAUAAUCGCUGCUUAUGAGCAGAAUAAUAAUCCGGAUCGCGCGCUUAACUUUUUUUACGAGAUGCAAAUGAAUGGAUUCAAGCCUGAUUUGUUGACGCUCGUAAGUGUUGCUUCGAGUAUUGCUCAGUCUCGGGAUUCUCGAACUAGUAGAUGUGUACAUGGUUUCAUACUACGGAGAUGUUGGUUUGAAAAGGAUGUGAUAAUCGGGAACGCGGUGGUUGACAUGUAUGCAAAACUCGGAGAUGUUGACUCAGCACGGAAAUUGUUCGAUAAGAUCCAUCUUAAAGAUGUGGUUUCGUGGAACACGAUGAUUACAGGUUACGGUCAAAACGGGCUUGCGGAUGAAGCCAUUGAAGUGUACCGCAUGAUGGUAGGAACCGAAUACGUCACACCUAACCAAGGAACGUGGGCCAGCAUUAUACCAGCUUAUGCGCAUAUCGGAGCAUUAAAAGAAGGGGCGACAACCCAUGGGCGGGUUCUGAAAACGGGCCUGCUUUUGGAUGUCUUCAUAGGAACAUGUUUAAUCGAUCUUUACGGAAAAUGCGGGAAAGUGGAAGACACGAUGAACUUGUUUUAUGAAGUACCGAAAACGAGUUCAGUCCCAUGGAAUGCUGUGAUAUCAUGUGUUGGCAUACAUGGACACGGAGAAACGUCUUUGAAGCUGUUUAGAAACAUGCUCGAUGAAGGUGUUCGGCCUGACGCUAUAACUUUCAUUUCCUUAUUAUCGGCAUGUAGCCAUUCGGGUUUAGUCGAGCAGGGUGAGUGGUGCUUCAACGUCAUGCAACGUGACUAUGGGAUCAAACCGUGCUUAAAGCACUAUGGAUGCUUCGUUGAUUUGUUGGGUCGGGCCGGACAAUUAGAAAAAGCGUAUAAUUUUAUAAUAAGUAUGCCUUUACAGCCCGAUGCUUCGGUUUGGGGUGCUCUUUUGGGUGCAUGUCGGAUUCACGGAAAUGCUGAUUUGGGUAAGGUGGCUUCAGAUAGAUUAUUAGAAGUUGAUCCGGACAACGUCGGAUAUUACGUGUUAUUGUCAAAUAUAUACGCAAAUGCCGGCAAAUGGGAUGGUGUGAAUACGGUGAGAUCAUUGGCUACGAGUAAGGGAUUAAAGAAAACUCCGGGAUGGAGCUCAAUUGAGUUAAACAACAAAAUGGAGGUUUUUUACACCGGGAACCAAUCACAUCCCCAGUGCGAUCAAAUAUACGAAGAGUUGGAAACGUUAACGACAAAAAUGAAGAUUCUUGGGUAUAUUCCUGAUUAUAGUUUUGUGUUGCAGGAUGUUGAGGAGGAUGAAAAGCAGCAUAUUCUUACUAGUCAUAGUGAGAGAUUGGCAAUCGCGUAUGGGAUAAUUAAUACUCCUGGGCGAACGCCUAUUAGAAUAUUUAAGAAUUUGCGCGUAUGUGGGGAUUGUCAUAACGCUACUAAAUUUAUAUCUAGAAUCACUGAGAGGGAAAUCAUUGUGAGGGAUUCUAAUCGGUUUCAUAACUUUAAAGAUGGAGUAUGUUCUUGUGGUGAUUAUUGGUGAUAUUAAGUUCACUCUGCGUGUCUUCCUGUUGUAUGUAUUAUUAGUGUUCUGAGAAGGGACUUUUUGCUACAUAUUAAUUGGCUGCGUCUAGAGGAGGUUGGUGAUCUCUUUCUAUAUGGGGGUUUGGUCAAGCUAUCCGAUUUAUCUGUGAAAAGCUGAGGCUCAAAGGUGCCUGUUAUUAAAGUGCAAACUGCAAGACCGAAUGGCUAAACCGGACUCAAGAAAGAGCUGUUGCAUUAGAGUCUUUACUUGAGCUAUGUGGCCGGUUGUUAAAACAAGGGAAGCUUGAAGUUGCUGCUGUUUUGAACCCGUUUGGUGAAGAAACGGUUUCUUCAAGCGAUUUGGUUACCGAAAAGCCUCAUCAGUGCACAGAGAUUGGCAGAUGGUUAUUGAAAUCUUGGAUUUAUGAGUUUUGAAUAGAGUUGUGUGUGUAUGUAUGAAUGGUUUUGGGUUGGAAAGGGAGAAUUGAGUAGCCAGUCCUUUGACUUUUGUGGGGGUUGACUUCCUCCCUGAUGUAAAUACAUGACUACCCCCACGCUUACAAAGGCAUUCUUCAUCUUACCUUUGUCUGGGUGUGGAUUUUUUCUUUCUUUUAUGGGUGUUGUUUAAGGAACAUGGUUCAUCUUGUUCACAAAUAAUAUUGGAUUUGUAGUAAACUAA